AUGAAGUUCACAACCGCCACUCUCACUGUUGCUGCCCUUGUGGCCAGCGCCGCUGCGUUUCCCGUGGCGCACAAUGGAUCUACCAUAGCGCACAAUAGGGCCGCCAACCACACAGUCACUAAGACUGUCCGGCUCGAAGCAGGUAGCCCCAAGCCAGUUACAACUCCCUCGGCCGCGAACGAUAAGCUGCUCAAAUUGAUCAUCGAAAAACUUGAAUCGGCAGAGGCUGGUGCUAUCCGAAAGCGCAAGCUGGAUGCUAUUGAGAACAGUCUGAGCUCUGACGAUGCCAAGAAGCUUGGCGCCCGUCAGAUCGAGGAUCUCGUUGGUCUCCUCUCCGGGCUCGGUGACUCUGGUCUCGAGGGGUUACUGGGUGGCGAUAGUGGUGCGGAUGCUCUAGGCGGCCUCGAAGGCUUGACCGGCGGCGGCUCUGAUCCCGGCUCCGAUGUCACUGGCGGCCUGGAAGGCCUUGAUAGUUCUCUUGGAGGGUUGACUGGAGGCCCUGGAGGAGAAGGCGGCGAUCUGGGAGGGCUGACUGACAGCCUUGAAGGUCUAGGUGGAGAUUCUAAAGGAACCCCCAAAGAAGACGGUGGAAACCAGCUCUUGCCAGGCCAGGACGGCAAGCAAGACAGCGGUAAAGGCCCGGACCUGGGAUCCAUCACCGACUCCCUUCCGAAGCUGGACGAUAAAGACAAGGGAAAGACCCGCGAUGUCAAUGGCACUCUUUCAUCUCUUCAGGGUCACAAGGGCAAGCACGGGGAUGGAGAGGACCAAAAGGGAAACACAAAGGAUGAAAAGGAUCAUAAGGACAAGACCGACGACGGAAAGGGCCAGUAA